UGAGCAAUUUGUGUUGUUUAUGUAUAUAAAUAGGUUUGCAUUCUCUUAGUAAUUAAAUUAUCCAUUGCUUCUUUAAAUUAUCAUGGACAAAAUCCCUUCCAUCUUCUCCGUCAUGCUGCUCUUCGGGAUGCUAUUAGCUAGUCUUCAAACAACAGGUGCUCAAAUAGGUGUUUGCUAUGGAAUGAUUGGUAAUAAUCUGCCCCCACCAUCAGAAGUCAUAGCUCUUUACAACCAAAACAAUAUCCGAAGAAUGAGACUCUAUGAUCCCAACCAUAAUGCUCUUCAAGCUCUCAGAGGCACCAACAUAGAGCUUAUGCUCGGUCUUCCAAACAAUGAUCUCCAAAGAAUUGCUUCUAAUCAAGCCGAGGCCGACGCAUGGGUUCAGAACAACGUACGAAACUUCGGCAAUGUCAGGUUCCGUUAUAUCGCAGUCGGUAACGAGGUUAAACCUUGGGAUUUUUUCGCGCAAUUUCUUGUUCCCGCGAUGCAAAACAUUCGCAAUGCUCUCAAUUCCGUAGGGCUCGGGCACAUUAAGGUUUCCAGCGCUAUUGACACUGGAGUUCUCGGGGAGGCGUUUCCGCCCUCGAGAGGCUCGUUUAGACAAGAUUAUAGACCGAUUCUCGAUCCGCUUAUACGAUUCUUAGUCAACAACAACUCUCCAUUACUUGUUAACUUGUAUCCCUACUUCAGCUACAUAGACAAUCCAAGAGACAUUCGUCUCGAUUAUGCACUUUUCACAGCUCCAUCGCCCGUGGUCUCCGACGGAGCGCUUCGCUAUCAGAACCUUUUUGAUGCGAUUCUCGACGCGGUUUAUGCGGCAUUAGAGAAAACCGGUGGAAGUUCAUUAGAGAUUGUGAUAUCGGAAAGUGGUUGGCCUACAGCGGGAGGAGCAGCAACAUCAGUUGAUAAUGCAAGGACUUAUAACAAUAAUUUGAUUCAACAUGUGAAAAGAGGGACUCCGAAGAAGCCGAAAGCAAUCGAAGCUUACAUUUUUGCAAUGUUUAAUGAGAAUAACAAAAGCCCUGAAUUUGAAAAGCAUUGGGGUUUGUUUACUCCAAACAAACAGGCUAAAUACCCAAUUAAUUUUAAUCAUUUGGUUUCAUCUAUCUAAAAAAAGACCAGUGUUCCUAUGUAUAAUUACUAAAUAAGACUUUUGAGAUUAGCCUCAAAAGAUGGAGUAUUGUAUUUUAAUAAUCUUAUAAAAUCUCGAAUUCGAACUCGAGUUUGAGUCUUACAAAUUUUCAAGUUGAAGACAA